UUUUAUAGAUGUCCUUAAACGCAGCAUCAGUUCCUGGUCAAAGGAUACAUCGUCAGUUAAAGCCAGUUUGAUGCAUUUUCUGUUUCGGUAUUUCCUUAACAGCGCUUUUUGGAAAGUUUUCCCCGGGCCAUGACACUUCACCGCGGUUCCCGGAGAUGAUUUGGGAAUAUUUGGGCGCGGCUCGUCGACUCGGACACCCAGCGGGCCCCACCAGAAAGUGAGCGACAUGGACAACUCUGUCACCCUGUGGCAGUUUCUCCUUCAGCUCCUCCUGGACUCCAGCAAUCAGCAGCUGAUCCGAUGGACCAACGAGGAGGGGGAGUUCAAGCUGCUGCAGGCGGAGGAGGUGGCCCGGCUGUGGGGAGCCCGCAAGAACAAGCCCAACAUGAACUACGACAAGCUCAGCCGGGCCCUCAGAUACUACUACGACAAGAACAUCAUCAAGAAGGUGAACGGUCAGAAGUUCGUCUACCGCUUCGUGUCCUAUCCUGACAUCCUGAAAGGAGAUCCGACUCGGCCGGAGGACGCCCUCACAGCCAAGAGGGUGGACGGCAGCCUGCAGGAGGCGGAGCUCGCCGACAGAUCCAGGGUGGCGGCGGCGGCAGCAGCAGCAGCAGCUCUGGGUUCCAGCAGCAAGCAGUCCAACCGCAACGACUACAUCCACUCGGGCUUGUACACCUCCUUCCACCUCAACUCCCUGCAGAACGGGCGCCAGCUCUUCAAGUCCAUCAAAAUGGAGAACCCGGCGGAGAAGAUGGCCGAGAAGAGGCUGCUCGCCAUCACCUCACAGGGUCCGGAGUCUCUGCGACAACAGUCUCCGCCCCUCUCAUCUGUCAUCAAAUUUGGAAACAGCCCCCCGAAGCCGGCGCCGCUUCCCCCUCAGGCUGCCACAGAACCCGGCUUGAUACCCAACAGCGCCGAUCCUUUACCGCCUCCGAGGGAGGAAGACGCCGCCACACACUCCUCCCUGCAGCAUCAGGUCUACUCCUUCGAAAGCGGCCGCCAGUCAGAAGCGCCCUUCGGCCUGGCGGACAUGAGCUCCGCCAGCGCCUCCCCGAGCCUCGUGCAGGAUUCCCCAGAGGAGAUGGGGAUCCCGAGCGACUUAGAGAUCAACUCCUCCCAGCCUGAAGACGCUACGGAGCAGGACAAGGUGGACGGCGGCAUCAUUCAGUCCGGAGACGAGAUCAGUUUGGUGGACGCAGACACCAGCUCGUCGUCAGCGAGCAGCAGCACAGCAGCCAGCACUCUGAGUUCUGGGAAGACGCGCAAACCUCCCAGAGUCCUGCAGAUCAGUCCCCCCACUCUGCUGGUCACCGCCUCGGACUUCUCCCCCAUGAACAACUGCAGCCCGUCGCUCCCCACCCCCUCCCUGACGCCCGCCAUGCUGCAGACUCCGACCAUCCUGCUGACUCCCAGUCCUCUGCUGUCGAACAUCCACUUCUGGAGCACGCUCAGUCCGGUCGCCCCCCUCAGUCCGGCCACGCGGCGCCAGGGUGGUCACCUAUUCCAGUUCCCCUCCGUCCUCACCCCCCAGUUCCAGAUCCCGAUCCACAGUUUGGAUGGAACCAACACGCCCGGUCCCAUUUCUCCUGACGCUCACAAAACAUAGAAGUCCAAUCACCUUUGAGCUGCAAAUUAAGCCGUCGCCCCCUCCCACAUCCUGGACAUUGUUGUGGGACCCCGUCCUCCAUCAUUCCCUCAUCCGUGUGGUGCUCUGACUUACACACCACACCCACCAGAGCGCCCGGACACGGCGUGAGCAAACAGACAAGGGAUUGGCGCCCAAACCUUCAAGAUGGAUCUCUGUGCACGCCUUUACCGCAGUCAUGUCCACACGCCCAGGUAACAGACAUCCUUACAGACUAGCGGUGCCAGAAAGGAUUUCCAUGGAAACAGUGUGUGGACUGGAAGGAGCAGCCACCGAUGCUGUGAUGCACCGAGGAGGUCGCGCUCAAUCCAGGCCUUUGUGUGCUUGUUUUUUUGUUCUUUUAUUAUUUCCUAAGCUGCUCUCUCCUCCACUGACUGAUGUUCUGUUUUAACUCGGCUUCGUUAAGAGGAAAGCUUUAACCUCCCAAACUGCAGCUCUUUCUCAACUCAAGCUCAUCCAGACCUGCCUCAGCUGCUGUUUAAUCCCAGCCCAUAAUCCCACCUGAACCAGAGUGGUGCCUCCACACUUUAGCUGCAGGAGAAACACAAGUACCAUAGAAUAGUCCUAAAAGCCGCUGUGGCCUGCCCCACCCCGCCCUCAACCUCCAGGCUGUAAGCUUUCACGCAGAAAUGAAAGAAAGGAAAGCCAUAAACCCUCGCUGUGCGCCAAUAAUGCAAGCAAACCCACCAAACCUAAGAAUUACUGAGCAAAGCCAGCCUGUCUCAGAGGAAACCCAAAGACCGAGGGCCAGAAAAACUCUGAUCUUCAUUCCCCGCGUCCGUGUUAAAACAAACAACCCAAUGGAAAGCUUUUAAAACUUUUUAUUCGUGGAUUUACCUCAGAAGUUUAGAAAACUGCAAAUGAUUUCUAAAAACCCAAUUAUCUAAAAAUUCUCCCAGAAGUAGCAACAGCUGUGUUGAAUGCAGACUUUUCCAUUAUGUUGGAAUUUAUAUGUUAAAAUACAAGUAUUCAUAGAGCCCUGAAAAUGACCUUCAUAUAUAUGCAUGGAUAUGUAUUCUCUCAAAUUAUAAUUUGAACACAAAUGCACAUUUUUUGGUGCACAAAUUAGCUUUGAAGCCACAAUUUAAUAUUUUGUGGUUCAAAUUCAGUAAUUUGUGCACACAUAUUUGCAUUUUGUAGCCUUGUGUGUGUAAUUUAGCACUUUGUGAACACAAAUUAGUAAUUUAACAUUUUGUGGGCACAAACUAAUAUUUUGGGGGUACAAUGUAGUGUUUUGUGCUCACAAUUAAGUAUUUUUUGGCUAAAAAUGGGUAAUUAGUAUAAUCAGUUCCUACUGCUAAUUUGAGGCCUUAAAAUACUCAUUUGUUCCCACAGAAUACUAAUUUUCCUGCACUUAAAGCCAAUUUAUACCCACAAAAUACUAGUUUGUGUGCACACAGUGCUCAUU